ACAGCGCUGCGCGCAACUGGGGCCACCACUGCUCUGCCCGCGCCCGCCCCGCCUGCAGCUCCCGGCCGAGCCUCGCGCCCUCCCUGCAACUCCCGGAGCCCGCGCCCUCUCGGGGCAGCUUCCCGGCCCCGCGCCCGCCCCGCGGUGCAGUUCCCGGCCGACCCGCACCCUCCCCGUCUCGGGCCAGCUCCCCGGUCCAGCGCCCGCCCCGCGGUGCAGUUCCCGGCUCCGCCCGCCCGCGCCCUCCCAGUCUCGGGGUAGCUCCCCGGCGGGCCCACUCCGUGCAGCGCUCCCCACCACGCGCCCGCGUCCCCUCGGGCAGCCCUCCCCCUGGUCCCGCGCCCCUCGGGGCAGCCCCCGACCCCGGCCCCGCACCCUCCCUGCAGCUCCCGGCCCUAGCCCUCGUGUCCCCGCUGUGUCCCCUCCACGUCCUCGCCGGCAAGAUGCGUUCGUCCCUGGCUCCCGGAGUCUACUUCCUCCGCAACUUCUCCCGGGACAGCUGGUUCCGGGGCUUCAUCCUGCUGAUCACCUUCUUGAUUUACACCUGCUACCACAUGUCCCGGAAGCCCCUCAGUGUGGUCAAGAGCCGCCUGCACCAGAAUUGCUCAGCGCUCAUCCCCCCUGACAAUAACAGCCAUGACCUCAAUGACUCCACGUGGUGUAGCUGGGCCCCCUUCGACCAGAGCAACUACAAGGAGCUUCUGGGGGCCGUGGACAACGCCUUCCUUGUGGCCUACGCCAUCGGCAUGUUCAUCAGUGGGAUUUUUGGGGAGCGGCUCCCGCUGCGUUACUACCUGUCGGCGGGGAUGCUUCUCAGCGGCCUCUUCACCUCGCUCCUGGGCCUGGCCUACUUCUGGGACAUCCACGUGCUCUGGUACUUCGUGCUGAUCCAGAUCUUCAAUGGACUCGCCCAGACCACGGGCUGGCCUGCCGUGGUGGCCUGCGUGGGUCACUGGUUUGGAAAGGGGAAGCGGGGGCUCAUCAUGGGCAUCUGGAACUCUCACACCUCUGUGGGCAACAUCCUGGGCUCCCUGAUCGCCGGCGUCUGGGUGAACGGGGAGUGGGGGCUGUCGUUUGUGGUGCCCGGCGCCAUCACCGCGGCCAUGGGCCUCUUCACCUUCCUCUUCCUCAUCGAGUACCCGGAAGACGUGGACUGCACCCCUCCUCAGCACCACGAAGCCCCGGAGGCGAGUCCCACUGGCGUGGAGGAGGGCUGCACGGAGGCGGCGGCAGGAAGCUGCAAGGACCUGAGCGCUCAGCCUGCUGCCAUCAGCUUCUUCGGGGCACUUCGAAUCCCGGGCGUGGUGGAGUUCUCGCUGUGUCUGCUCUUCGCCAAGCUGGUCAGCUACACCUUCCUGUACUGGCUGCCGCUCUACAUCUUCAACGUGGCUCACUUCAGCGCCAAGGAGGCUGGUGACCUGUCCACGCUCUUCGAUGUUGGCGGCAUCAUAGGUGGCAUCCUGGCAGGGCUCAUCUCCGACUACACCAACGGCAGGGCCACCACCUGUACCAUCAUGCUCAUCCUGGCCGCGCCCCUGAUGUUCCUGUACAACGCCUUUGGCCAGAGAGGGAUAGCCAGCUCUGUAGCCAUGCUCAUCAUCUGCGGGGCGCUGGUCAACGGCCCUUACUCCCUCAUCACCACGGCCGUCUCCGCUGACCUGGGCACCCACCAGAGCCUGAAGGGCAACGCCAAGGCGCUGGCCACGGUCACGGCCAUCAUCGACGGCACCGGCUCCAUCGGGGCGGCCCUGGGACCCCUGCUGGCUGGCCUCAUUUCCCCCACGGGCUGGAACAACGUCUUCUACAUGCUCAUCUCGGCCGACGUGCUGGCCUGCUUGUUCCUCUGCCGGCUGGUGUACAAGGAGAUCGUGGCCUGGCGGACGUCCCUGAGCAGAGAUGGAGGGAGGCUCUGGCUGAUCCAAGCUGACCUGGCCGCGGAGCGGGACUGAGCACUGCAUGGGGAGCCCCUUCCUUCAAGCAGGUAUAAAGAAAUAUGAGGCCCCGGAUGGAAGAGAAGGUGGGAAGACCCGAAGGGGACCCGGUGUUCCCCAAGGCAAGACAAUGCACUCGCCCCGGCUGAGGCCGAGCCUCUGGCCCCGGGCAGGACUCUGGUGGGGACACUCUGGUGGAAGAGCCAGGACUCACUGAUGCAGGGCCUGGGACUGAGGUCUGCCCCCUGGAUGCCGAGCUCGGACUUGUGCUCCUUCAGAUUCCUGAUCUGAGCGGAGCUCGGCGGGCCAGGCCUGGAGGAGGUGGGUGCCCCUCUGUGCCCACCGCCCACACCAUAGAUGGGCAUCUGACCCGACUCCACCGCUGCCUCUGUCGCUUUGUCCGGGAGCGCCUCCUGUGCCCGUGGAUGGAACCCCUGAGCUGGGGCUGAGGGGCGGCGGGUACAGGGGGCCUGGGCAGGGCCGGCUCUGCGCUCCCUCCGGCGGCCAGGCCCGGAAGAUGCAUCCUGCACCCCCCGUUAGCGGCUGCGGUUCUUUUUUUUUUUUUUUUGCGGGCUGUGAAACCGUGUCCCGGGACCGCAGGCCCCUGCAGCGGAGACCUCCGGGGGCCGCUGCCCCUUGGCGUUGCCAGCGGCGAUGCUCAUGGCAAACGAGUGAGCCGGCCAGAGCCGUGGGCAGACGUUGCUCGAGGGGCUGUGGGCUCACGGACAGGCGAGGAGGCCUCGGGGUGAGUCCCUAGCGGCCGGGGCUCACUCUGCCUCGGGGAGGAGCGGCCGCAGGCGGUCCCGGGAACCCCCCGGGGAGCGCGGGGAGCGCCCUGCUGUGCCUCGGGCCGCCGCCAGGGGGCGCCGCGACCCCGUGGCAGAGCCGGGCUGGGGCGGGGAGGGCGGGGAGGGCGGGCCGGGAGGCGGCGACCGAGCGUAGGCCUUGGCGGCUCUCCUCCCCGCCCCCCUGCCAGCGCUUUCGGCGGUGUCGGGCCUAGAAGGGAGGGCGGGCCCGCCGACAGCUGCGCUCCCCAGGGGCAGAGACAUCUGGAAGGUGCCGGCUGCGCAGCGGGGAACAGCUGCCCGGAGGGGGGGACCCGCGCCCUGGCGAGGAGGCGGGGCUGAGGGCCCCAGGUGAGGGGCCAGGAAGGAGCACGCCCCCCUCCCACCGCUCAGUCCACCCCCGCCCGGGCAAACGCUGCCAGACCUGAGCCCCACCCCGAGGGGCCCUCUGCACCCACUCCCCGGAGCACCCGGCCCGCUCCGCCCCUGAGGCCCGGUACCUGCGGCGCCCUGGGCCUGGCGCUCACCCGGGGCUAAUACAGGAGCAUUACGUUAAUUAGUUAUUCAUUUAAUUUAACUUCACAUUUGGUCUCAAUUAAGCUUCAAGUGCUCUUCCUUAUAGAUGUUACAAUAGCACUUGUAAUUAAAAAGCAAUAACUCUUUGCAUUUCUCCUUUAGAGAUCCGCUGGGAGGCCGGGCUGAGGGGGAGGCAGUGGGGAUGGGGAGCAGCUCUGCGUGGGUGUCAGUGUGGGGGAUGCCCAGACUAGCCACAGGGGCUGACCCUGUCUAUAGGGAUGGCGGGUGGAGGCCACCACCCCCAGAGAGGUGCAUGCCCCAACUCCCGGCCAGAGAGCCUGCAGUGGGGGAGGCCGGGUGGAGGCAGAGGUUGGGGUGCCUCUCACUGGAAGGUGGGCCCUUACUGUAGCUCCGCAGGCCCUGCUCAGGUUUCUACCCUCCACAACUACAAUAAAUCAGUGCUACUCGAAACCGCUCGGCCUGUGGAAAUUUGUCACAGCAGGGAGAGGGAAUGACGUUCCUGUGUGCGAAGGAAAGAAUGGGGAGAGCACGGGGCACUCGGAGCGGCUGGUGGGCGGCACUGGGCACCCCGGGCUCACGGCCGCCCUGCCCUGGGCCCUUCCUGUCUCCUGACCCAGGCUUCCCACUUUCCUGCAGGCUAGCCUUGCUGGCCAGGCGGCAAGGAGGGCCUCCGUGGAAGUGCCCUCUGCUGGCCACCUGGGUUUAGCACCUGAGCAGCCCCAGACUCCUGGCCAAACCGAAAAUUCUAGAUUUUCUGCUAGACUCGAUGGCUCGUCCGUAGGAUUUCUAGGUGCUGGAUUUGCAUCGCCCUGGCCCUCCUUUUCCUUUCGGGCGUUAUUUUCUCAUCUUCUGGGGCCCCGGAGUAUAAUGCUAAGUAAGGAAUAUUGAGGCCCGGGGUCCAACAGCCUGACUUUCCGACCCACUUACUCUGCACCUCACCCCGUCACGACCCUCCCCGGCUGCUGGGGUAGUGAGAGGCACCCCGUGGGGGCUGCUAAUCGGGGUGUUCAGAUGAAGGCCCAGCCCAUGUUUGCUAAGUAAAACAGACGACCAACCACAGCAUGUGGAGACCAGAGCCCUUCUUCUCCAGCUCCCCACCCCACCCCCUGGGGCCGGGACAGAAAUAAGAGACGGAACUUGGUGAACUUUAAAAUCCCUCCCAGUCCCGAGUUUUCAGGCUCCUGUGGGGAUAAUCCACGUUUUUCUCCAGGUCCGUUUGCACACGGUUCCGGUCCCCAUAUCUGGAAGGUGGCUGCUCUGUAGCAGCCGCCAGCACAUGACGGGGUGAGCCCAGCAGUGGAAGACAAUGCCUGCCAUCAGUGCGGCCAGUUCUAAUCAAGAAUUCUUUCAUGAAACGUGCUCUUCGGGAUUGGAGCUGGGGACAGGGAGAUGAUGGGUAGCUAAGGCAGAAAACCGAACAGUCCGUGAACACACAGCGAGGUCUGGAGGUCAGACUGGUCUUUGCACUGAGGCAUGAGCGGGCGGGAAUGCCACCGGGAGGCUGGUACCCCUGGCCAGCUGCGAGCCGCUAACUCCCUUGCCUCCCCACUGUCUCUCAACUCGCAGACAAUUGCAGCUGGGUUUUGGCGUUUGUUAUUUUUCCCACUGUACAAAACAAUCCCAGUCCAGAGUGGUGUCCGAGUGGCUGGUGGAAGGGGCCCGUGUGACAGAGGGAGGAGUGGACUGCCUCGGAUUCUGAGUCAGGACAGUUGUACGCGAUUGGGACCAGAGCAGAAAAACUCGGGGCGCGGGGAGUGCUCUGACAGGAGGCCGACGAGUUCCCCCAGAAUCUGAGUAUUAGAACACUCAUUCUCCUGGAUGAAACACAUGACACUGAUGUUUACUUCCACUGUUACAAACGGACAUGGGACGCUGAGAUGCAACGAGCAGCGCCAUCUAGUGGGAGAACACACUCGUCUGUCAAGGGGGCCGGGAGGGUCUGGCCAAAUGGUAUCUGUGAUCAGGACCCGGUUUCAGCAGCACCCCACCUUUGCCACAUUCACGCCUCGCCUGCCACCCGUCACAAAGGCCUCCUGGACUCCGCGUCCUUCCCUCCCGGGCGGCCCUGACCUGCGGGCCGGGACCAGGACAGUCACCACCGGACAGGACCUCCACCUUCCAGUCGCUGCGUGGUGCUGGGCAAAAUUUUUUUUUUCCCCCAGCGCAUUUCUGGAACCAGGUCCUGAGGCUGGGAUCUGUGAUGGAAAGAUGCUGGCACGUCUUGGGGGCUGCAGGCCACCGGGCUGGCGCGCUGG